AUGGUCGCUAUCUCUGGAACAUCUUGGUUUACACUUGCCUCUGUUGCCACAGUUCUUUUCGCCACUGUUACGAAUGCUCAUUUGUCCAUGACAGUUUCAAAAGCUGUUGACAACACUUACUUGACUACUGCUGUCAGAGUUCCUCAUGGUUGUCAAAGUGCUAACGGCUCUCCUACUCGAGCAAUCACUGUUACCCUUCCUGCUGGCGUGAUGAGGGCCCAGUUCGAGAAUAUUGCUGGUUGGAACAUCACCACUGAAUCUGAAGCAGUUGAUCCUCCUGUUACGAUGGGCUCGUCUCAAAUCACUUCCAGAGUCAAGACUGUUCGCUGGGAAGGUGGACCACUUCCUCAAGGCCAAUAUAAAGACUUUGGUAUGCGUAUCUUUUUACCAGCUGCUAAAGAUGACAGUAAAUCCGAGCUGAUCUUCUUCCCUGUCCUUCAAGAGUGUGAAACUGGAAGAGACCUCUGGAACCAAAUCCCUGAUACUGAGGGCUAUAACCAUGAAUUGCAAAGAGAUGCACCUCACAUUGAAAUCAACACUCAUCCCGAUGAUACUCCUUGGACUGAAAACAGAUUGGUCAAGGGACAAACAUCUACUGCAAGUGUCAAUGUUGUGAAUAGUGGCUCUGCUAGUUUAUUAGCCGCUGCUGUUGCUGCUCACUAUCUUAUUUGA